AUGGACAACUCUCUUUCAGCGAGAUCGAGUUUAACUUUCGGAGAAAAACUCUGCGUGGUGUUCAUUCCGCUGAUUGGAAUUGCUGAAGCCUUGUUUUAUGGCUUAACAAGUUGCUUCAGUUUCCGUAGUUUAGAGCUGAAGAAGAAAGAGAAGAAGUUUUCUUCUACAUUCGAUGAUAUUCUCGCACUCGCCAAUGAUUCUCCUUUUAAUGUGAAUGAAAUAGAGGCUUUGCAUGAAUUGUACAAGAAGUUGAGUUGUUCAAUCAUUGACGAUGGUCUCAUCCAUAAAGAAGAGCUUACAUUGGCACUAAUGAAGACCACGGUUGGCAAGAAUCUUUUCCUUGAUCGGGUGUUUGAUCUCUUUGAUGAAAAAAAGAAUGGUGUUAUAGAAUUUGAGGAGUUUGUGCAUGCUCUUAGUGUCUUUCAUCCUAAUACUCCUUUGGAAAAGAAAAUUGAUUGUAAGACUCAGUUUUGUAGUUCUAUUUUUAUAUUAUAUGUUUUAAUACCAUCGGUACUGAUAAAACAUAUAUUAUAUUUUCUGGGUUUGUUUCCAGUUGCCUUUAGAUUGUAUGACUUGAGACAGACUGGAUACAUUGAACGAGAAGAAGUUCAACAAAUGGUGGUUGCCAUUUUAUCAGAAUGUGGCAUGAAUGUGGAAAAUGAAAUCCUUGAAGCCAUUAUUGACAAGACAUUUAAAGAUGCUGAUGCUGACAAGGAUGACAGGAUCAGUAAAGAAGAGUGGAGGGAGUUUGUCAUUCGGAACCCCUCACUCCUAAGGCACCUGACUCUUCCUAAUCUGAAAGAGAUAACCACAGUAUUUACAAGCUUCAUUUUCAACACUGGAGUUGAUGAUUCCCACUGGUAA